AUGCAAACCAGUGAUCUGAAGGACACAAGAAGAGUAAGCCACAUCACAAUGUUGAGAUGCACAAUGUGAAUGUUGAGAUGCACAAUGUGAAUGUCACAAAGGCUUUACCUGACUGUGACAUCUUUAUUCUGCUCUGUCUUCAGGUACACAUGGCAGUGGCAGGUAAAAAUGACUUUGCAGUUCUCAACACCGGGCGGAAGAUGCCUCUCCUUGGGCUGGGAACAUGGAAGAGUGAACCUGGCAAGGUAGGUGCCUCACACUUGAUUGAUUAACCAUUAAUAUUUUUGAUCAAAUAUUUCUCCCAACUCACCUGUAGUGUAGUAUCAAUAUUGGCUUGCUGUUUGGGUCUUUGUAAGCAGCGGUUUUCUUGUUGGGUUGGCUGUAUUCCAGGUUAAACAGGCAGUAAUCUGGGCCUUGCAGGCUGGCUACCGUCACAUCGACUGUGCUGCCAUCUAUGGCAACGAGGUGGAGAUCGGAGAAGCUCUGCAGGAGACACUUGGCCCUGACAAAGUAAGCCAUCACCAAUGUUGUGUCCCAGAUGGCACCCUAGUCCCUAAUUUAGUGCACUACUUUCGACCAGAGCCCUAGAAAUAUGGUAUUUAAGGCUUAUUACCAUAGACUCCAUUGGCAGAUACUGAGAUGGACAUAGUUGGUCUGUUAUUAUUGUGCUAGCUGGCACAGGGAGGUCUUGAUAGUAUAUUUGGCAUGUGAAUGAUUUAAAUAAGUUACGAGCUAGCCAGGAGUCGAACCUCAAAUCUGUAGUCGGACGCAUUACCCAUUGCACUACUAGCCCACUGAUGGGUCAAAAGGUGUGUGUGUGUGUGUGUGUGUGUGUGUGUGGUCUUCGUUUACACCUGUCUCUGUAUACAGGCCCUGAGGCGAGAGGAUGUGUUUAUCACCUCCAAGCUGUGGAACACACAGCAUCACCCGGAGGAUGUGGAGCCCGCUCUGCUGAAGACACUGAAGGAGCUGAGGCUGGAGUACCUGGAUCUCUACCUUAUCCACUGGCCCUACGCCUUCCAGUGAGUAGCCUCCAUGGGGUCUGGCCUACUCAACAUUGCUUCUGCUAUGGAGAGGCAAAAUAACUAGCAUUAGUGAACAUGUUACAGCAAAUAAAUGCAUAGAAUUGUCAGACAAAAUUUUAUUUUAAUUUCAAUCCAAUUUGGGUACACUUGCUAUUAGAAUGUUUUGAAUGAUCUAUUCACAUUACAGUGGUUGUGUAGUUAAACCAACUGUAUGGCCAUCCUAUUGAAUUUUCAAACCAUGUACAUGGGUCAUCAUGACAGUGUUAACACUGUGCCUGCUCUUCACCUUGUCUUCCCCACAGACAAGGUGACGCUCCUUUCCCCAAGUCGGAGGACGGCACCCUGCUGUACGAUGACAUCGACUACAAGCUGACUUGGGCUGCCAUGGAGAAGCUGGUGGGAAAGGGCCUGGUCAGGGCUAUCGGCAUGUCCAACUUCAACAGCAGACAGAUAGACGACGUUCUCUCUGUAGCCAACAUCAAACCCACUGUGCUUCAGGUGAGGAGAUAUGUGGCAUGUGCUGACUGUGCGUACAUUAUUAAUAGCUACCUACCUAAAGAUCAGUUGGGCAACGAUUGGAAAAAGCUUCCAAGCUAGCCAGGAGUCUAACCUAGAAUCUUCUGAUCUGUAGUCAGACGUGUUAUGCAUUGCGCCACUAGCCUACUGAAAGUGGUUGUAUUUGUUUGUAUGUGUGUUGUCUCUUCGUCACUGCCACAACCAGUCUUCUCUCAGGCUACCAUCUCUCUUCCAAUAUCCUUUGCAUACAACCCUCCACCUACUGUCUCUUUGUGUCCCUGUCAGAAAUACAGCAAGUGUUUGUUUAAUGACUGUUAAAUACUAGGACAUAUGAGUGUUUGGUUUAUGAGUUAUUUUGCUAGGUAGGGAGUUAUUGAUAUGGGGCAUGUACAUUAUAACUCCUUACUUUACGAUCAGUUGAUUAAAAUAUCGAAAAAGUUUACAAGCUAGCCAGGAGUCCAACCUAGAAUCUUCGGAUCCGUAGUCAUCCAUUGCACCACUAGCCCACUGACAGUUGUGGUGUAUGUUUCUCUGUUUUCCAGGUGGAAAGCCAUCCGUACCUGGCUCAGGUGGAGUUGCUGGGACACUGUCGGGACAGGGGCCUGGUGAUUACGGCGUACAGCCCACUGGGGUCACCGGAUCGGGCAUGGAAGCAUCCUAACGAGCCUGUCCUCCUGGAUGAAGCAGAAAUCGACACCCUGGCCAAGAAGUACAACAAGUCCCCAGCACAAAUCAUCCUUAGGUGAGUAAUGUUGUAUAAUUUUCUAGCCUAGGACUCUUUACUCAAUGAUAACCCAACAUCCCAUGUCAUAUACAAAUGCCAGAAAUACACUGAUUAGGUACAGAAAAAUAAACUGAUAUUAUGAGCCUAUCAGCGGGAUACUGAUGCCGUGUGUUCCACAACUGAGAAGUGAUGAACACAUCCUCUUGCGUCAGGGCUUGUACAGUGAGACGGGUGUAAAAUAAACACACAAACAAAAACACACACCUUGCCUUUAGCCAAUAAGUGCGCUAGUGGCGCAAUGGAUAACGUGUCUAACUACGGAUCAGAAGAUUCUAGGUUUGACUCUGGGUUAGCUCGUAACUCUUUUCAAUAAUAUCCCAAUUCGUCUUUAGGUAGGCAGGAUAAAUGUAGCAGUAUACACAGCACAUACCAAAUAUAUUAAGACCUCCCCACCUAGCACAAUAAUUCAUAAAAUAAAUUACUAAAACAAACACUCUUAUGGUCUAGUGGUCAGAUCCUGCUUUUCAUGUAGCCUAUUUUUAUCUCCAAAUCAAAUCAUGUACAUCUUGUCUGUAUGCUAGAUGGCAGACCCAGCGAGGAGUAGUAACGAUCCCUAAAAGUGUGACGGAGUCUCGGAUCAAAGAGAAUAUUCAGGUGGGUAUUGUUUUUGUUAUCUAAGCCUAUUUCUUUACAAGUAUUGUGGUUUUAUAGUAUUCUAUUGUAUGAUGACAAUCUAUAAUUGUAAAUUGGUGCCCAUUUCAGUCUACUCCUGCGAGAAACCAAAACUCUUCUACUACUACUACUAUUCCUACCCAUCUCAUAAAACUGUUUGCAGAAGUCCCGUCAUGUAAUAAUAUGAUUUAUUUGACUACUGAGUGUACGCUUAAUCUAAAUAUGUGUGCAUCCUCAGGUAUUUGACUUUACCCUUGACGCAGAAGAGAUGAAGUGUAUAAUGGCAUUGAACAAAGGCUGGCGCUACAUUGUACCAACCAUCACAGUGAGUGGCUUUAGAGCUCCCUCUAGUGGUAUAUAUAUAUAUAUAUAUAUGUAUGUGUGUGUGUGUGUGUGUGUGUACAACAGAAGUGAGACCAGAGAGUGUUGUUAUUGAAUUUUUAUGGGUUAUGUGAUGGCCAGCUAACAAUAGUAUCAGCUCACUAUACCACAUUUAACUAUAUCUGCUGUAUGUAAUCAGUUGGUAGAAGAAAGUAACCAAAAUGUGGUGUCUCUAUUGACAUUUCACCAUAAAGUUUUCAAUGGGUUAGUGGUGCAAUGGACUGAGAAUCAGGAAAUUCUAGGUUUGACUCCUGGCUAGCUCUUAACUUUUUUUCCAACUGUUGUUGCAGGUUGAUGGGAAGCCCGUCCCCAGGGAUGCAGGACAUCCACACUAUCCCUUCAGUGACCCCUACUGAGCAAUGCCCUACACUGCUGCCCUCUUUUGUGCCUUGGGAACUCACUCCCCUUCCUCAACCCCCUCCAAGGCUGUGUCCCAAUUCCAUUAAAUGUCUUCCUCCUUCCUGACCACAGAUUCCUCCUUCCUGACCACUGA